UGGUAUGGCUGGUAUUGGACAAGGUCUGGUAUUGGUAUUGCUCUGUGGCUUAUGUACAUUCUUGACGACGAUAUCUCUGAGUGCUAUUGCAACAAAUGGCGCAAUGAAGGGUGGAGGACCAUAUUACCUCAUUGGUCGCGCUCUUGGUCCAGAAGUUGGGAUUAGCAUAGGUUUGUGCUUCUUCCUUGGCAAUGCAGUUGCUGGAGCUCUGUAUGUUUUAGGUGCCGUGGAGACUUUUCUAAAAGCAUUCCCUGCUGCUGGGAUUUUUAGAGAAACUAUCACAAAGGUUAAUGGAACAGCAGUCUCCGAAUCAAUACAAAGCCCGUACUCACAUGACUUGCAGAUUUAUGGAAUUGUUGUGACGAUCCUUCUUUGCUUCAUUGUGUUUGGCGGCAAUCGGGUUGCACCUGCUUUCCUCGUACCUGUUUUGCUCUCUAUCUUCUGCAUAUUCAUCGGGAUAUUUUUGGCAAAGACAGUUGACCCUGACAGUAAGUCGUUUCUUGAUAUUGUUAGAAAGAGGUGUGGUCUUUUGUUUUCCCUGAAAGGCUAA